UCAACCCCCUAAACAACGCACACACAAACCGGGUAUUAUCUGGUCCUGGGACACUCGCACAGGAUGCGCUCGAGUGCACCACCACCGCACCAUCCGGCGCACCUGUUCCCGUGUGUGUGAAAUUCGGAAUUCUAACUCGCGUUUAAUUUAUGCAAAAGUAGUAAAAAUUCAACCUGUUGGUGGGAAAGCCCCAUGAGAGAGACUCCCACACACUGAUCCCUAGUGGGUUAUGUGGCUUAAUUGAUCCAAGGAUCUGAUCUUGGGGGGUGGCAAGAGAUCAUGCUGAUUGUGGACAUGUUGACGCUGGCCUUGGCAAACGAGCCGCCGAUAUGCGGUGGCAAGAUGAUGAGUACCAAGAGAGUGGACCAUGGUCAAGGCAAAGUGGGAACAGGAACAGGAGCAGGAACAGGACAAGGAGCAGCAGCAGGAGCAGUAACGGUACCUGACCAGGCCCUGUUGUUGGCCAACAGUAAUGGCGGUGGACUAGGCCAUCACCACUUGGCAGGCGAGGCACGCAGCUCACGCGACCAUGUCAAUGAUGAGGCGCGUGCGCGUGCUGAAUACACUGGCAACAACAAUUGCAACAGCAACAACAACUGCAACAGCAACAGCAGCAACUGCGGCAGCAACAGCAACAACAAAAGCUACAACUUUGGCGACACAAAAGCAACGGAAGUGGCCACGAAAACGAAAUGUGAGUACGCGCAACUCGAGCGUGAGAGCCAGAGCGUGAGCCAGAGCAUGAGCGCCGACGCAGUGCAGCAGCGGCAGCAACCACCCAAUGUGACAGCCCAGAGUGGCAAUGGUAACGGGAGCAGCGCCUGCUCAAUACCUACAAUUGGCAGUGAGCUUUCCAAAGCCAACCUUGUCGCAGCUGAGCAGCAGAGGCUACAGCCACAGACAGAGUCCGAGUCCGAGUCCGAAUUGAAGCCUCAGGCCGUGCCCAUUAGCCAGCCGUCUAGCGAUUCUGGCUUAAAAUCUGGACUUGCUGCGAUUUGUAUAUUGAAAUCCAGUGAAAAAUCAAAGCCAGAGGAAGAGCAGGGCAGUGCCAGACUCACUCCGACGGAGAAGUCGUCAGGCGACGUCGCGCGGCGUACAGAAAAAUUUGUGCAAAAAGUCGGGAGGCGCGGGCUCGAUAAUCAUAGUUUUUUUUUUAAUGCCAGUGAAAAUGUGCACAGUGCCAAGGCAGCAAGAGCAGCUAAAACAGCAACAGCAACAGCAGCAGGAGAAGGAGCAGCACCAGCAGCAGGAGCAACAGCAGCAGCACCACCAGCAGCAGCAGCGGAGGUAGCCACUCAAGCACCUGCAGCAGCCACAGGGUUAAGUUUAGGCAAGGAGCACGAGUCAAAGGAGUCGGGGCAGGCGCCAUUGUCAUUGCCAUAUAAGCAGGAGCAGCCAGGAGAGGGAGCAGUAGGAGCAAGAGGAGCCCCCACCAGCCACCCAUAUUUUUUGGGUGAUAAUGUUGCUGUCGGUGGCAUUGCUGCUGUUGUCGUCCGCCCACCACAAAGUGUGCCUGGCGGUUACGUGGAUUACGUGAGAGCAGCCUCAGAGCAGCAGCAAUCUCCGCCAGCUUCCAAACCCGAGAAGCUCAUCGAUUUCGAGUCCAUUGAGGGACAUACUGUGGUAGGAGCCGUAGCUGGAACAGCAACAAGCUGCAGCAGCGACCAGGAUCUCAUCGAUUUCGAAUGCGAUUUGGAGUUGGGCGAGGACUUUGUGGCCAGCCAGCGCUUGAAGCGAUUGCAGUAUAACUUUCAGGGACGCGUGGCCAGCGGUAGUAGUAACAUUGAUUGUGUAAAGGCAUCCUUGAGACCACAACAACAACAGCAGGAACAGGAGCAAGAGCAGGAGGGGGAGCAGCAACAAACCAUAAGCAUAACAAAGAAACCACCCCCAGCAGAAGAGGCCACUAGGCAGUCCCAGUCCCAGCCCCAACCCCUGGCUCAACCCCAAACUGUAACUCAAACUCUCCAAGCUGGCAAGGAUUCGACUGAGCAGAAGGACAAUAAGACGGUUGCAACACCAGGCUCAAGUGCAAUCCAAUUAGACGCCGAUUGUAUUCCAGUCCAGCAAUUGCCAAAUGAAAGCGAAAAACCAUCAGCCACAGCUGAAAAUCGCCAGGCAACUUUGCUGAGAACGUCUCCUGGAGAAGAGCAGCUCCAGUUGGCACUGCGCCGGUGCGAGGAGAGCAAGGACGAGCACCCGAGCGGGGACUCGUGCUCGGGCUCGGCAUUAGCAGCACCGAAGAGCAGCGACCAAGUGGUGAUUGAAAUCGAAACGGUCGAGGAGGUGGUGGCUGAAGGGAGCAUCAGCAGGAUUAGGAGCGCCUUUGUCCCAGCAAUCCGACAGCAGCAUCGCGACAACUACAACCAUCAUCAUCAUCAUCAUCAUCAUCAUCAGCCGCCGCUUCAGGCAGCGAAUGCCGGCGAGGAGGACCUCUUUGGGCCACCGCUCAGCGAGUUCGAUGUUCAGCGAUUUAGCGAGUACUUGAAGGCCGCCCGCCAGCUGCAGUGGAGCACCAGUCAGCCAACCAUCGAGAGGAGCCGCCACCACACGGAUCUUAUUAAGCCUGUGGAACGUGGACAGGCUGGAACCACUAGCACCACCAGCACCACCAGCACCACUUUUCAGUGCUACGACGAGCUGCUGGCCGAGUUUGUCAGCGAGCAACAGGAGGAGUACGACAACGACGAGGAGGAGGCGGAGGAGUGCUACACCGAUAGCGACGAUAGCAACAACGAUAGCCACAGAGCCUGCCAGUGCCAUGAGUGCCUAGCCAGCCAGGAGCAGGAGGAAGUGAUUAGCAGCAGCACCACCACAGAUAUAUUAGUUAGAGGGCGAGCUCCGCCGCCGCCGCCGCCACCGCCAAAACCCUUAGCUCCAAUCCCUACCAGCGGCGUCCACACCAUGCGCGAGGUCAACGGCCAGCUGCGCGGUUUGCUCAAGAAGCCAAAUCGACCGCCGCCGGCUAGGAAGAACCGUGUCGUCUUCGAUGAGACACGCAACGAGUUCUUUGAGGCGGACUACAUUAUACUGAUACGCGAGGAUUGCGCCUACGAUGAGGAGGAUGAGGAGCCCUGCACCUGCGGCGAGCACGAGCUGGUGCGUCUGUGCUGCGAGGAGGGUUGCCAGUGCAACUAUGCGGUCAAUCCCGCCGAGGGUGGAGAUGGCCGAACGCCACAGAGCCCCAAAUACCAGCCACCCAUCGAGUUCGUGGACGACGCCGCCCUCAGUCCGCCCGAUGGCUACAAGGACAGCAGCCUGAAGAACACAUUGGGCGGCGCCCUCAGUGGCCACAUCUUUGGGGCCCAGCAUCUGCAGCAACUGCAGGUUAUCCAGCGCCUCCAGCAGCAGCGCGCUGCCAUGCUGGCCGCUCGCAAUGGAGCCACCGCUACCAAUGCUGGCCAGAUACCGCCACCGCCACCGCCCGUAGGCACGGCCCAGCAGCAGCAGCAGCAGCAACAGCAGCAGCAGCAACAACAGCAGCAGCAACAGCAUCAGCAACAGUCGCAUCAACAGCCGCAUCAUGGAGCUGCCAUGCAGCAGCAGCAAUCGGAAGAGGAUCUGCAGGGCGUGUGCACAGAGUGUGCCGAGUGCGCCGAGUGCGCGGCCAAGCAGCUCCAGGAAGCAGAAUGCAGUUCCCCACAGUGUCCGGAGGAGAUGACACCACUGGGUGUGCCAGCCGUGGCCAUAUUGCCACUGCACACCAGCUCCCCCGAGCGACGCAUCACCCAGAAGGAGAUCAUUGCCGGCGAGGAGCGGCCCAAGUAUGUUCUGCAGUCGCAGUACAAGCCAUCGCCCACAGCAGUGGUCAAGUCUAGAAGUAGCAGGGCCUCUUCCGGAUCAGCCUCCGGCUCAGGAGGCUCAGGCUCCGUCUCAGGCGCCAGCUCAGGCUUAAGCUCCAACUCCAACACUGGCUAUGGGUUAGGCCUGGCUCCGGUACCGGUUACGGUUCCGGUCUCAGCCAUCAGUAGCUCCUCAAAGAAUAAACGAUUUGUUGUUGAAACCAUUACCACUAUGACCACAGUGACCGAGCGUCGGAUCAUCCGGGAGGCGCACGAGGAUGUGGCCGUUACACCAGGAGCCCCUGUCGUUGCCGGUGCUCCAUCGCCAGUUCCCUCAAGCGGAGCGGAGAUGCUGCCACCUGCCCUGCCAGCCAAGGCGAGUGCCACAGCGGCAGCCGCUGCCGCAGCAGCCACAGCCGCCACAGCAUCGCCCAAUGCCACGGAGCAACUGCAGCAGCAGCAGCAGCAACAGUUUGAUGCCCAAAAGCCGCCACCCAUUCCGCCCAAGGAGACAUCGCCAACGCAGAUCAGCGGCAUUCUUAAGGGCGGCAAGCUCUGGAAGCAGGACUCCAUCUCCCAGCAAUCGGAUGACCAAAACAACACCACCUCGGAGGACGAGAGCGGCACCACAAAGCGCUCGGUGAGAUUUGUGACCGAGGAUCAGGCCAAUGCCGGCACAGACAGCGAUGCCCAGUCGCUUGCCGGCGAGCUGGACGACAGCGAGAACCAGAUCAACGAGCUAAUCCCCAUCAAGAAACACUCGACGCUGUUUAAUAACGCCUUGCGUCCCAAUUCGGCGGUGCGUCAGCUCUUUCCAAGCGUCUCGGCCCACCAGGCACCGGUGCUUACCUCCGAGGCCCUGCGGGCCUUUGAUGAAUCCAAGAGGGCCGGUUGCCUGGUCACACAUCUGCCGGGUAGCUGUGGCGACUCCGAUACCCUGCGUCGCAGCAUGGAGCGCAACAUACUGCGUCGUUCCCUGAUUAAAAAAAAAGCUGUCAAGUCGGACAUUUCGCUGGAGGAGCGCAUCAAGCAGCUGACCUGUGACAUUGACGAAGAUUUGGCCGAGGAGCUGCAGCGGGCUGUGGAUGAAGAUGCCGAGGCUGCCGCCGAUCGAGCCGCCGAUGAGCUGGCCCAGCGGGAUAGUCCUGCCGGUGAGGAGAAUCCCAAUCCCGUGCCCGGUUCUGGCCCUGGCCAAAAGUUUGUGAAUGGCGAGAAGAGCUUCUCGCCCAGCAGCUCCGUUUCCAGCUCCUCGAGCGGCUCGUCGGCCUACAAGAAGAUUGCCGAUAUCUUUAAUCGCGACAAGAAGCAGGAGAAGAUCAUGGAGAUGGAUGAGAAUCCCAUAGUUAUUAUACCGCAGGAGUGCCGUUGUCCGGCGGCUCCCGACUUGGGCAUGGGCAUCCAGGUGCCGGUGGUGCAUACCCAGAUCCAUCGCACUCCGCCUCGCCAGGCGGAGCCGAAGCGCCAGUUCCUGUCCUCCACUUUGGCCCCGCUCACCGCCUGUGUGGCUGGAAACAAGGAUGACCUCUCCUCUUACUACACUUUGGCAGCUGCUGCCGCCGCCCAUCCGCAUGCCCAUGGCCACGCCCAUGCCCAUGCGCAUGCCGCCCAUUAUGCUGCAGCCGCUGCGGCUGCCGAUUUUAAUAUGGGCCACCUCCUGGGAGCAGCUGCAGCAGCGGCAGCUUCUGGGGAUCCAGCGGCCCAGCAUGCCGCUGCCAUGGCUGCCCAGGGCUUGGCCCAGGGAAUGGCUGUCGCCGGCGGAGGAGGUGGUGGAGGAGUGGGGGGAGCUGAUGAUGCCCGGAAAGUGGCGCCCGAUGUGAUUGCCGGCACGCCGGGACAGGAGGCAGCCGGAAGGCAGGAGCAGGAUGAGCUGGCCGCCUUCGCCCAGGCGGAGGCCAAGCGGACCGAGCAGCUAAAGAAGCGAUACACGGGCGCGGAUCCCUCACAGUCGCAGGCCAGCAGCGACGAUGACGAGCAGAAUGACUAUGGGUUCAACAAACGGCCAUCGGUGCGCGGCAUCAAGCCCAAGUUCAGCUCCACCAACGAGAUCCUGGCCCAGAUGCAGGAGCAGCUCAGUGCGGCGAUACCCACCGUGGUGAAUAGCCAGCCGGUGCCGCAGGCCGUGAAGAGUUACGCCAUGCCCAACACGCUCAAGCAGAAUCCCUCGCCCCAGAAUGUGCCACAGACUGUCCAGCAGCAGCAGCAGCAGGCGCAGCAGCAGGCACAGCAGCAGGCACAGCAGCAACACCAGCAGCAGCAGCAGCAGCAACAGCAACAGUUGCAGCAACAGAUGGCGGCGGCCAUGCAAAAGACGGAGCAGCGAACGUGGAGCUUCUACAGCGAAACCGGGGAACAGCAACGCUUCCCCAUGGACGCGGCUGCCAUACAGCAGACCUACUACCAGACCUUGCCCGCCGGCACCAUGUUCCGCCAGACGAUGAUCCAGCAGGGAGCUACGGCGGCCGGCGGAGCGGACGAUGCCUCGCUGCUGUAUGCCGCCGCCCAGAAUUGUCAGAGUGUGACCUCCACCAAUGUGGCCACGGCCACCGCCAUCGAGCAGAGCAAGCACAGCAGCUACAGCAGUCACUUUGCCCGGAGUCCAACCCGGCGACCGGAGUCGCCGCCGCCGCUGCGGAACUAUCAUCAGACCAUGGUGCUCAUACCGUACAAUGCGGAGACCUACUCCCAGUUCGCCACCAGCAGCAGCGUCGAUCCCAAGCUGGCGCACAUCCAGCGCCAGAAUAUUCUCGAGUACCAGCAGGUCACCCAGCAGACGAUCCGGGUGCCCAUUGGCUAUGCCCUGCCCGGCAUGCAGUUACAUGUGGUUAGUGGGCGUGGCCAUGCCGCCCACUACGCCCAGCACCAACAGCAGCAGCAGCAGCAGCAGCAGCAGCAACACCAGCAGCAACAGCGCCUCAUGCAGGGUCACUACCAGUUCGGACCGGAGGGCGGAAUGCCCGGGUUCAGUGAGCGUGGAGUGCCGGAGGGAGCGGCGGCAGUGUCCCACAGUGAUUGCAAUGCCAUGGUAUCGCCAACGUCAGCGGCACAGCAGCAACAGCAGCAACAGGCGCAGCAGCAGCAGCAGAUGCAGCAGCAACAACAACAGCAGAUGCAGCAGCAACAGCAGAUGCAGCAGCAACAGCAGAUGCAGCAGCAGCAGGCGGCGGGAGUGGGCUCUGCCCAGGCCCAGGGAUCCGUGUACUAUGCGAUGAAUGUAUGACCCGCGCUUGAAUAGUCGCUGCCAGCGGCGGUCAUCGUCGAGCGCCGCCAGUGUCAACGCGUCGAGUUGUCAGCGACUUCAGUGCAUUUGGGUGGAGGCGGAAUGGGCGGGGGACUGGGUAGAUGAGCGCCCGCAGGAGCCGCGUCCAUGUCCAUGUCCUUGCCUUAGACCGGGGGAGAGAGAGAGAUAGAGAGAUAGAUAGAGAGCAUCCUCGAGAUCCCAUCCCAUCCGCUGAUAUGUUGAGUUGCCCCUCAGUUGGCCCUAGCGAGCGUUUUCGAAUCGGUUCUAAAAGAUCUUCCGUUAAGUAUCUGUAUCCGUAUCUGUAUCCGUAUCUGUAUGCGUAUCUUUAACCUUAUCCGUAGCCGUAUCCGUGUUAUCCGUAUCUUUGUCCGUAGUGUUAUUAAAAUACCAGCCAGGGGAAGCCCCUGUACACCCUAAGUUGAGCCUUGCCGUCGAGGAUUUUAUUUAAUAGUUAUUAAUGAAUUAAUGAAUUAAUUAACGAGUUAGAGAGAGAGAGAGAGAGAGGGAUGUCGAAUCCAAACCAAAAUACAACCAAAUCACAUGAAUUUACUUACAUGCUGGGUGCUAGUAAUUGCAACAACAACAACCACUAAAGACACACAGAGAAACCGAAGAAGCCAGAGUUAGUAGAUUAAAAGAAGCUUAGAAAUUAAUUAAGUUAUGCAAAUGAAAUUUAGCAAUGUUAAACCCCAAAUGCACAUACACGUAUUUGUAUGUGAAACUAUUUUUUUUCUGUAACCCCAUUUUAAUUUAUUAUUAGCCAAGAAGACCGAGUUUUGCUCAAGGGAAAGUGCAUUUGAUUUUAAGCGUGUAUCUAUGACUCAACACAGAAACAUAAUUAUUAAUUAUGGAUUAUGGAUUAUGCAUUAUAAAUUAUAA